ACGAAGCAUAUCAUGGGAAAAAUGUGACUUUUCCAAUACGGAAAUUUAUAAUUAUGAUAAAAUGUGUUACGGAUAAUCAACAAAUCAUGUUAGUGACAAGAGGGUAUUAUACACGAUACGGCCAAAAACCUCUAAAAUUUGCAAAGGACCCGGGUGCUAUGGCCUGCAAUAUACGGUAA